UCACCUCACGAGGUUGACAUCAGGACUCGUCUGCUCUCCGAAACUGAACAGUUCCCCAAGUCAACUUUGCAGAAGUUGACUGCCGAGUGUCAACGGCUUAAGAAUCUUCAGCGUGAUUCUGCCACCGUGGAGCAACCCAGUUCUUCGUUUGCCGCCAACAAUGUUCAGGCUGUCACCCACACGAAGUUGAUGUCUCCACAGAAGUCUCAAGACCCCACAUUCAGAAAGCCACCAUCAGCAUGCUGGCAGUGUGGUGACAGGUGUAGCGACCCAGACUGA